AUGUUCGGGUUCCUGGGCCGACUGUGCUCCAAGCACGGAAAGACGCCUCUUGACGCGGAGCUGCGUCGUCAGCGGAAUGCGCUUAAGGCGAUCAACCAGUUUGUUCACAGCAUUCAGAGAUGCCUGAGGUAUUGGGAGAAGAGCGGAAAAGCACUUCGCGUUGGCAUCACCGGAUACUUCUACGAUAAGCCAGCAUAUCAACGGCCAGUUGAAGAGAUAAGCGCCGCCUUGAAACCCCAACUGGAUCUGAUUAAGAAGGCAAAUGCAGAUGCAGCAAGAUCUAUUGCCAAGGUCGAGAAGGCGAGCAGGCGGAAGAAAGACGCAGAAAAGAGACUGCUGAAGAAGGAGGCGGGCCUGCGAAAACUGCAGCAAAAGGCAGAAACUGGGAAAGACCCUCAGGCUGGACAUAAGGUUAAAACCGCGGAGGAUGAAGUGCAGGUCGCGCGGAACUGCCUGCAAAUGGCUGAGGCAGAACUUGCGAGGGAAAUGCAACAGACAAUGAACGGCAGCGCGCCGGAAGCCGCCAUGCAAGUUGCACGGGCUUUGGAAGCGAUGAUUCUUUUCUUAGCCGGUUCUGGGGUAGACGUGGCGGCAGUGAGGGCCUCCAUUCGUUUGCUGGAGGAGACGCAGUACUUCUCUCCACUUACACACCCUGGCGGGCAGGCUUCGCAGCAGCUGCAGCAGCAGCAGCUGCAGCAGCAACACUCCGUAAUCAGCAAGGCAGAGAGGCAGCAACAAAGCCAACAGCCCCCACAGCACCAGCCCUAUAGAGCCUGUUCGAAGAACGCCUUCUCAAAGCUCCCGCCCUCCCGCCAGCCCUUCAGAGCCAGGCUCGCAGAUUACUCCACGACAGCCGCCAUUUUCCCAGGCAGGAAGCCAUCAUCAGCUAGCAGCAGCAGCCUCUAUUGGGAACUUGAACGACUCAUCUCGUUUGCGUGA